AUGCUUGUUUACGUCCAUCUCGACGGCGCCACGUAUCCUGUAGAGACUGGGACGGGAGUUCAGGCGGUGCGGUGGUUGGCAAACGUGGCUAUGGCUCGGCAUGGUGGUGAUCGUGGGGCACGGCUGGGCGAGCCGGUGGAGAUGCGGAUGGAGACUGUUGACGGCCCGCACCUGGAUGCUAGCGAGGCCAUCAUGGCCUCGCAGCUGCACGACGAGGCCCACGUUUGGGUUCUCUUUGCAUCGCACUUUGAUUGAUGGCGUUCGCGAGAAGCGUACUCGCCUUUAUAGGCUGGCCGUUGUGGAGAGUGUGACGCCGCCGCCGUUGACGGGCGUGACGACGAUGUCUGCCAUGGAGGCGACGAGGAUGUCAGCUUGGAAGCGCGAGAUGUCACCGCUAGGCUCGGGCACGACGCCGACAACAAAGCACCCGGCAAGCUUACCGGCCUGCAUGCCUGCCUCCGAGUCCUCAAACACGACACAGGUGGUAGGAUCGAGGCCAAGGCGCUUGGCGCCAAGCAGGAAGAUGUCCGGCGCCGGCUUGCCGUUCUUCAGCUCGGCGUCGUCGCCGCACACCCGUGCCGAGAACAAUGAAAACAUGUCAGCCUUGGUC